CCUCCAUCGCCCUUUCUCUCUCUUCUCUCCAUCCAACCCACCAUCCCUCCAACUCGCUCUUGGCUUUUUGCUAUAAUCAUCUCACUCUAUCCCAUCUUGUUCUUUUGAGCCCUCCAUACGCUCGCUGCCAAGACUUAUCAAAGCCAUUCAAAGCUCAUUCAUAGUCAAGGAUGGGACGAAAAAAGAUUGAGAUCAGGCCAUUGCAUGAUGAGCGUAAUCGAAAUGUCACAUUUCUCAAGCGAAAAGCCGGGUUGAUGAAGAAAGCAUGGGAGCUGUCAGUACUAUGUGGUGCAGACGUUUCCAUUGUCAUCUUCUCUGCCGCUGGCAAGGCAUUUGAAUUUUCCAGUAAGGAGCUGGAUUCAGAGAUCGACCGGUAUCUCGAGUACGAAGGCGUCAUUGAACGUCGACGAGCACCUGAAUUCGCAGCGAUGGCCGAAGCAGAUGAGGAAGACGAUGACGACGAUGAUGAUGCGCCCAACAGUCGACGAGGCUCUCUAGCCAAACCUGGAGUCACCAAGUCACUCAAGGGCAAGGAAAGCUACAAACCAAAGAUGCACUCUCAGGCCGAGCUCAAUCGUCUCAUCUCUCGACGUGACAAGGAUCGUGGAAAAGACAGGGACAGGGAAAGACACCGAUCUUCAAAGGAAAAACAUCGGGUCAGGGAAACAGAUUACGGUCGGAAGCCAGUCCUCUCCAGAGGUAUCAUUGGUGACGAUGGAGAUUCAUCAAACGGGAGUGGUCUAAGCGAAGACGAUGAGGAUGACUAUGCUCGAGCGGAUAAACGCAAGCGCAAGUCCAGGGAGACCUCUUCAAGGCACAGAGAUGCGUCCAUUGCCGGCCUGCAGUAUGCUAUGAAUAUGCACCAACGACCUUCUUCUGCCCAGUCUCAGCACGCCACCCAGGCCAACGGCGCAACAGCCGGCCGACUGCCCGGAAACGCUUACAACUACCACGUUCAGCACCCCUCCCAGCUAGAUUACUCUAGGGAAUACUCUUCUCAACCCCAAGGACACUACUCGUCUGGUCCCUCCUACGCCCAGCCUGCGUCCUCCUCCUAUAAUCACGAUCGAUCUCCUAUGAGUUACAUGAACACCAUGUCUGGAUCGACCGCCCAGCCACUAAUGAACCACACUCAUACUCUGCCUGCCCCCGUUCCGAUGGCUCCUGGAGGCCCGACAACUCUCAGCAGCUCACAGUAUGUACCCUCAAACAUGCAAUGGGAUCCUGCACUUCUCGCUCGAUACGCCGAGUUUCAGCUCCAUCAAAACCACCAACGUCAACAGCGAGCAUUACUAGAGCAACAGCGACAACAACUCGCCGAUCUAGGUAUCCCAGUGGAAGACAAGUCUCUCCUUGAUCAACUGUUUGGCAACAAUGCGUCUGGUAAUGGCGCUCACAAUGGCGGAGGGUCCGCAGCCAACUCUGUCCCCGCUUCAGGUCCUCUGACGGGUGAUUCACAUAACGAACCCAUGAAUACUGGUUCAGCACCUCCCAUCUUGAUGGGAGAUCAGGAGGAUGAUCUCAUGUCGCGACAUAAUGCAGACCCAGGGUCAGCGCAUCAUUCCUUUGAAUCGACUCGACAGUCGUUCGACUCGAAUCACCACGCGUUUGAAUGGCCAAAUGUCGGUGCUCCACCCGCAGACAGAGGGGACGACAGCCACCCACAGAACGCCGGUCAACACGGCGGUGAACGAGAUGAAGGGUUAUACAAGCAACUCUCAGCCCUUGUCAAUGCCUCACACCGUGGUGGACCAGGGGCAGAUGACGGACAUGAAGACGUGGACAGACGAAUGAAAGAGGAACACUGGGGACCUGACGACUUCCAGCCGUUCCCUAGUCCUGCGUCGGCCGGAGAUCUUAGAGCGGCGAGAUAGAGGUUUCGGA